GGCUGACCACCUGCAUCAGCAAAACAGCCAGGCAGGCAGGCAGGCAGCCGAGCAGGAGAGCCUGCAGGGCAUCACAACAGCAGGUUCAUUAAACUCAGCUGGUCAUAUAACCAAUGCGGAAGAGAGAAGCAUGACCACUGCUUGGCCCACCCCCAACUGCCAACUACUACUCCACAAUUAUGAAAGUACUAACCAUAAACAUAAGGUUACUUUGUGUAAUCACCAAAAAAGUUCCAUUUUUUACAUACUGUUCAAAUAUAAAAGAAUUGUGUUGUCCUUGCGAGACUAGAGAAGCUUAUCACACGGACCUCGCAACAACAGCAAGCCGUAGUCCAGAGAGAAGGGAUUUUUAAAAAAAUUGCCCAAAUGGCGCUGCAGGCACUGUCAAUCUCUUCAAAUGUGCUGUUCCCUCCACCACUUCACACUUCACCCACCUCCCUCCCUCCCUCGGCCUCGGCCUCGGCUACAGUUCGCCCAUUCCUUGCCUCCUUCUCGGUUCUCGCCCUGCUCCGCCUCCGCUCCCACUACGUUUCAGAUUCCCAAGAAGGCAAAGAAGCCCCUCACUUCCCACUUCCCAGCAGCAGCAGCAGCAGCUUUGGAGCCAAAGGUGCACGCAGCCUUUGACCCUCCACCGUCGCCACCAUGGCCGUGGUCGCCGCCGGCGCCGAGGCCUUUGACCCCGCGGCGCCUUCGCCGUCCCACGCCCCGCCCUCGCGCCAGGACGUGCAGGCGGCCAUCGCCAAGGCCGUCGAGCUGCGCCAGCUCCACGCCGCCCUCCUCCAGCGCGGCGCGCCCAAUGCCCGCGCCGGCGUCGGCGCCAGCCGCAGCCCGGCCAUCAUCCGCCUCCCGCCGGUCGCGUCCCCCGCGCACUCCAGAGCAGCGGCAGACGAGGAGUACCCCGUGUUCACUCCGGCCUACGACGAUGAGGAGCGCGUCGCUGCGGUUGCGUUGAACCACAUUUGCCAGGACAACCGAAGCCGGUCGGAGAACUGGACCGGGGUCGCCCUGGAUCACGGCGGAAGCGACGACGCGGCCAUGUCCGACUACGACGGCCUCCACGCCUUCUCGUCCUCCAACAGCGAGGUGCUCUUCCCUUCCUCCAACGACCACCGUCUUCGGAACAGAGGCACGGCGGCGUACAAGAUCCACCCCGCCUUCAUGCACUCGGCGCCGUCGGCCGACCGCUUCCUCGCGUCCACCGGCCGGGCGGCCUACACUUCCGAGCUCAAGCUGCCGCCGGCGACGUGCGGCAACGCGUUCCGGCCCGCCACGAUCAGCAGCACCAGGGUGCCGCCCCCGUCGGCGCACUCGCGGACGAAGCAAAGAGGGCCGCCGCAGAUCCUGUCGUGGCUCUUCCCCAAGUCGAGGAAGAAAGCCAAGCCGCCGGAGAUGACGACGUCGCCGACGGCCAUCGAGCGCGGCAACAUGCCGCAGCUGCUGACCGAGUGGGGGGCGCUGUCUCUCGAGUCCCUCAAGAAAGAGCUCGCGGAGGCCAUCGCGCACCGGGACGCCGCGCUGCGCGAAGCUGCCGAGGUGAGGUCGUCGCUGGGGGAGCUGGCCACCAAGCUCGUGAGCGUGGAAGCGUACUGCUCGGAGCUCAAGAAGGCGCUGCGGCAGGCCACCAACUCGCCGUCCGUCUCCCGGAGAUCGACGAGAUCAAUCGAAGCAAGCCGAGAGCUCCCGAUGCCGGUGAGCCACGAGGUGAUGGUGGAAGGCUUCUUGCAGAUCGCGUCGGAGGCGCGGCUCUCUGUGAAGCAGCUCUGCAAGGCGCUGAUCCAGCAGGUGAACGAAGAAUCCAGCGACGGCCUGUCCGACAAGCUGAACCUGCUCCUGCGGCCGUACCAGCUCGCGCUCAUCGGCAGCGCUGCCAAGCACUGCUCCAAGGCCGUGCUGUACCAUCUCGAGGCGAUCAUGAACCAGGCCAUGUUCCAGGACUUCGAGAACCCGGCGUUCCAGCGGAACGGCUCGCCGAGGUGCCUCGACCCGGCGAAGGACCGCCGGCAGAGCUUCGCCGCCUUCGUGGCGCUGCGCAACCUUAGCUGGAACGAGGUUCUGCGGAAGGGCACCAAGUACUACAGCGAGGACUUCAGCCGUUUCUGCGACCGCAAGAUGAGCAGCGUGGUGGCGACGCUUGGCUGGUCACGGCCGUGGCCCGAGCAGCUGCUGCAGUGCUUCUUCGUCGCCGCCAAGUGCGUCUGGCUGCUCCACCUGCUGGCCUUCUCCUUCGGCCCGCCGCUGACGAUCCUGCGCAUCCAAGACGGCCGCGCAUUUGAUGAGAUGUACAUGGAAGACAUCCUACAUGACAGGCAGCAGGUGCAGAGUCCUUGUCAAGUGAAGAUCAUGGUGAUGCCGGGGUUUUACGUGCAAGAUAGAGUGCUUAAGUGCAGGGUCCUCACAACCAGAUCAGCAGCAUAAUUCUGGAGUUUUCUUUGACCAACAGCUAGUGUGGUGUCAACUUCCACGUGUAACAUCUUCUUCUUUUUUUUGUGUCUUGAGCCAAAGGUGCAGAAACUUCAGGUGCUGAA